AUGAGCGCUACAAGAGGAAUGCUUAUUCAAAUUUCUGGAGCUGCCUGCUAUCAUUUAUCAUCAAGACCUCUGCAUAUAUGUAUCUAGGUUAUGCAAAAUCAAAUGCUCUAAUUAGGCAAAUACUUUAUUAGAGAACUUGAGUUUUAAUACUCCAAAACGGUGCUUAGUCUUAGUCCUUACACCAAAGUCUGCGAGAAUGGGGACAAUCAUAUGAAAAGUUUCAAACAAAAGUAUUUAAUAUUUGUCAUUCUUUUGAGAAUUCCUCCACAAUAUAAGACUAGAGCAAUUUUAAUGAAUAAUUUCCAACAUCUUUAUAGUCACUUUUUGAAAGAAGAAUUUCAAGUAUUAAAAUUGAGGAAACCUUCACUCCACCAAUUUGUCGGUCUGUAUAUAGCUAGCUAUUCUUAAUUAAUUUGA